AUGGUAAAUAGGCAAAAUGGCUUCUUCGCUAAGCUGACAGGCCUGACCUCCACCGUGUUUAACCUCAACUUGGAGAACAUCCACGAGGCCGUGGACGAAAAUUUGACCGCCCUGGAAAGAGCUGUGCUGUACGGAAACAGCAGCAAGAAAUGCCGAAAGAUAAUUUUUGUUAAGGAGCUAGUCAAGUCCCUAAAUAGCAUAGACUAUGAGGAUUUCAAGAAGGUCAUUUACCCCCUGCUGGUGAAGUUAAGCAAUGAUAAGGAAGAAAUCCAAUACGAGUUGUGCUGCCAGGUGGGCGACCUGUGUGCCUACUUGCUCCAGAGCAACAAUGGGCCCGACGGGUGCGCCGACAUCAUCAGGUUCCUCUUCCCCAUCCUCGAGCGGAUCAUCAGAAGUGGGAGCGGCGGUGGGGAUAGCAGCGGUGUCAGCGGUGCCUGCGGGGGGGACGUGCUCGCGAACGCGAUGAAGGCGCUGCUCAUCCUGGCGACGCACAUCAAGGCCAAGUACCGAAAGAGCAUAAUCUUCCCCUUCAUACUCUCUCUGGCGUCCAGCGAAAAAUUCAAAAAUCUGGGGUUCGUUCUCCUAAUUAAAAUAUCGCUUAUAUUUGAAAGGGAACUGGUGUCCAGGCAUUUGUUCCCAUGCAUCGAAUCCUUCGUCAGGGGAAAAGACGAAGAGAGUAAACUGUUCCUCUCCUGUUACCUGCACAGUAUAUGCAAAAUUGUAAACGAAGAAGAGCUGCUAGUCAUAUUUUUUUUCCUCCAAUCGUUAUGUAAUGACCCUAAUGAUAUUAUUAAAAUUAUUGGCAUGUACAACUGUGUGCAUGUGUCUUGUUUUUAUUCGACGCGUUUCUUUCUUCAUCUGUUUGUUCCUCUGUUUAAUGAGUUUCUAAAGAAUUCUAAUUUAUAUAUUUUUUACUAUGCGUUGGUAAAUUUGCUCCUUUUUGUUUGCCUUUUUGAGGACCUAGAUAUCAUUCACCCGUUUUACAUUCGCAAGAUGAUUUUUUUUUUUAAUAAUGUUUUUUCUUCGCACCUGUUUACGCUGAAUUACCUGAACGACACCGCCAGGCGGCAGAGCAGCUACGCCUUGGCGGGCGUCCCCCGCGCGCCCGAGGCGCCGCCCCCAGGGGGAGAGGUGCCACCCAAAGCGGAGGAGCCACAAAACACAGAGGAAUUGCACAAAGCGGAGGAGCCACAAAACACAGAGGAAUUGCACAAAGCGCAGGAGCCACAAAACACAGAGGAAUUGCACAAAGCGGACGUGCCAAAUGGCACUACCCCUUCGAAGGAGGAAGGACCAAGCAGCGACUCAAGCGAAAUGUCACACGGUCAGUCUAGCCAAGACCCGGGGGGUGGAAGCGGCACAGAACGCCUCCCACCAAAGGAUGAAUCGGACGCCCCCGAAAGCAACCAUGGGGAGAAGCGAGAAGUACAGGAAGGGACGACACUCACGGUGAACUGCGCAAAUGGGAAACAAGACGUUGUAAGUCGGCCAGUCAGUUUGGCGCACCUAAAGGAAGAGGCAGCGGCCCCACAAAUGGGGGGAAGCAGAAGCUAUCCAACGUCGGACAGCCAUGCGAAGGGAAUUUAUGCGGAUGGCGCUGCACAGGCUAACACAGUGGAAGAUGCCAAGGGAGGCGAACGCGGAACAGGAGCGAUGCAGAGUGGAUUGUCUCUUUUCCCCUCGUCGUCCUCCCUACUGGAGUCAUCCAAUGCGACGUCACUCCUUCCCUCUCUGCUGCCAUCCCCGCCCACGUCCUCGCUCAUCACACCAGGGUCUACAUCCAUUUUUGUGAACAACGGUUUGGUUAACGAUCUUAUAAUUAGCAACAAUCAUUUUGCGGUGAGCGUGCGUCAGUUUUUUCAACUGCACGGUGGGGAAGCGGUGGAGGUGAGAGAAGAGAUAAAGGAGGAGGGAGCUCUACGCGAGCGGAGGGGCACCCCCGCAGGGGAGGAAGAGGGAAAAGAAAAGGGAAACGGAAAAGGAAGCGAAAAGGGAAGCGAAAAAGGAAGCGAAAAGGGAAGCGAAAAAGAAAGCCCAAACCAACACGAAUACAAAGAUGAAGAGAAAGAACGGGGGAGCGACCCCACAUGUGGAGGAAACCCCACGGAUGAACCCCUCAACCCCACGGAUGAACCCCUCAACCUGACCGAUGAACCGCUCAACCUCACCGAUCACGACGUCACCUGCAUAGACAGAACGUACACGCACGAUCAAACGAUCGAGCUGAAUCAAAUUAAAGGGUGGUACUUCAGCGAGGUGGAUCUAAUAAAGGGGAACAUGGCCUACGGGGCGACGUUUCUUCGGAAGGGGGGGAAAAUGGAUGCCCAUAGAGAGCGACGCCCACGUAAAAUACACUUAAACGAAAAAGAAAACGACAUUUACAAUAUAGAAGCGGUGAAUGUGGAGGCCAUCAAGAAGAAGUUCCUGUUUGAUACCCCAAAUAACAUCAUCGUGUCUCACAACAUAAACGCAGUGUACAUCACAGCCCUGCAUAUCCCCACCCUCAUCCUAGUGCUCAAGCAACACUUCUUCAGAUUUUUCUCCCACGUUUUUUUUUUUGUAUGUACCUAUCCGUACUACAUCAUUAGGAAGACCAUGGCGUCUUUGUUUUAUGAAAUUUUGAAAAACUUUCUGGAGCCCUCCAAUUUUUUAGAAUUAAAUGUCGAGGAGUUAAAUGAGGAGGGAGACAUGCUAGCCAAAUUUAGGAACAGCCAAAAGGGUGUAAUUUUGAAGGGGAAGGGAAACUCACUCUCUUAUCCCCACCGUCUCAAAUCGGAUUGUGCAAAGCAGCGAGGUGGUAGGAAUUGCUCCCCUAGACAGGAUUUUCCACAAAUCACACAGACGUUCAAUGCGGAGUACUCCACUUACUGCAAUAUGAAACGCAUACAGAACAUGCAAUCGGUGACGAGUGAGGAGAGGAUAAGCAGUCUGGGGAACGGCAGUUCGUCUGGGCGUGAACUGGGUGAGAGCACUCCACCCACGUCGAACGGGAUGAAUGAGAAGCAACAAGAGGGGGAUAAUCACUCAGACUGUGGGAAUUCACAGGGGGGAAUCCACAACCAGGCCGCCAACCAAAUAGGGGAAGACGUAGAAACCAAAGGGGACAACGGGACGGAAGAACCCCCGCAGGAGAGAGCCAACAUAAUCAAACGAGUGCAAAGCGAAAUUAAUGCCAACCUACACGAAAGCGAUUUUUUUAAAAAUGAAGAAAAUGAGAACUUUUUUUUUUACAAAAAAUUUUUACAAAAAUAUGAAGCUGUAUAUGAGAGAUACAUUCAAAGGUUUAGGAAAUAUUACAGUGAGGAUUCUCCUCUUUUUUUUUUCCACUUUUUUGUCUGCUACUUUUUGAGGGAUUCAAAUGUGCUGGUUAAGAAGGCCAUUCUUAAGAGGUACGAUGCAAUGCUUUUGCUUUUCCCGAGGCUCGUGCAGAAGGUGCUCAUGUCGUAUCUGUCUCCCCUGCUGGAUUGCAAGACGCUCAACUAUUCCCUGCGCAAGCGGGUGUCCAAGGUGGUCUGCCGGAUGCUGACCUCCACGGAGGAUGAGCGGGUCGUCCGCCGGUUCCUCUUCCCGCUGUUCCUCAGACUCUGCAAGGACGACGUCGCCACUAUACGCGCCUACACGGCUAGCUACUUCUACCUGUUCCUCGAAAAGGGGUGCCCCCAGAUAUACAACUUUUUCAAGGGGGGGGGAGAAAUCCUGCCCAUAGAGGAGUAUAAGAAAGACAGAAUUCUGACCAACGGAGAGAAGUUCAAACUGAGGAGUCGGAACUUCACGGGGGGGGCCGAAAUCGACCUCGUCAAAACAGUUUUGGUGAUGUUCUCCAGAAGCUGCCGUUUCUGUGACCGCCAGGUUUUUAUAAAGAUGUGCGACGGGAUUAUCAACGAAUGCCCCGCGAACCUCUUCCUGCUGUACUUCCUCAAGCCGUUUGUAAAUUUAUCCGUCGACAAAAUUAAAGUGGUCAGGACGACUUGGGACAAGUGUGUAAUUUCGCAGCUCAAGAAGAAGGGGCACUUCCUAAAUUCGAUAAAUAUUUGGGCCAAACAGAAAGAAAUGCAAGCACAGCAGGGCGCGACGGCAGCAGAUAAGGAGAGUUCCCCCACGUCAAGCAAAAGCGACAGCGAUGAUGUGCUAAAUAAAACCUUUGACAUUCACGAUUUGAAUGGUUAG